ACCUUUAAUCUGUUAAGUGCCAAGAAGGACAGCAGCACAUGCUAGAGCUGAACUUAAUGGGUUAAAUGUCUUGCUGUGAGCUGGUGGUGUGACUAAGACCCCCAGAUCCUCAGUGUGGGCUGCUGGAGGGGUAAUCUAGGUGAGCAGAGAGUUAAGGGGAUGGUGUGAUAGCCUUGCAGUCAGAGAGGCGGAGGAUUUGGACUUAUUUAGUGUCCAGGAGACGUUGUGCUCCAGACGGUGUAGAGGACCACUACCUACAUCAGACCUGCUGGACACUUACCAUCAGUUCAUGACUAGUUAGAGAGGGACUGAAGGAGGACCACACCUCACCCAUGAUCUGACUGUAUAAAGAGGCAGAAUCAGGACAAGUUUGGGGACACAAGCUGCUGCUGCUACCUCGUCACUGGUUUCUUACUUCUCCAGCCUGCAGAGAGGUCGAACCGCUGGAAGGACCCUGGAUAAUGGACAGCAGCUAACUAACCCUCUCCUCACUUCACCCAGUAUUUUAUCUCCAAAUGUAUUACAUUUCUCCUUCUGUCACCAUCAAUCAGUGAGAGCAGGACCCACGCAGGAAGCAAACUUUCACCACUGUGUGCUUCCCUUUUUUAAUUCGAUUGCAAGCUCUUGGGCGCCUUACUCAAUCGAUGGCUGCGGAUCAUAGAACCCGAUAUUCAGCAGUUAUGUCUGGUUUACUGCUCAAGAGCUAUCAAUUCUAAGGACUGCUGUGACACUGGACCUCUGAUCUCUACCUGAACUGUUCUGGAACUUGUUCCUAAGGAAUUACAUUUUUUUUAAAUUGGACAGAAAAAUCCCAAAUAGCAUUAUUUUUAUUAUUAUAUAUAUUUUUUUACAUUUCCAUCGCCUAAAUGCAGUUUAAACUGUUUUCUUUAAUCCUCAUCAUCCUAAAUUGUGUGGAUUACAGCCACUGCCAAGUCAGUCGCUGGAAAAGAAGCAAAAGAGCUAGUUAUGGAUCCAAUCCGAUAUGCAAAGGAUGCCUGUCCUGUUCGAAAGACAAUGGGUGCAUACGCUGCCAGCCCAAGUUGUUUUUCUUCCUGCGAAGAGAAGGCAUGAGACAGUAUGGGGAGUGUUUGCAUUCCUGCCCCUCUGGGUACUAUGGACUCCGUGCUCCAGACAUGAACAGAUGUUCAAGAUGUAGAAUAGAGAACUGUGACUCUUGUUUUAGUAGGGACUUCUGCACCAAGUGCAAAGCUGGUUUUUAUUCCCACAAAGGCCGAUGUUUCGAAGAAUGCCCUGAAGGCUUUGCACCCUUGGAUGAUACCAUGGAGUGUGUGGAUGGCUGUGAGGUGGGGCCAUGGAGUGAAUGGGGUAUAUGCAGUAGAAAUAACAAAACUUGUGGAUUUAAAUGGGGUCUCGAGACCCGAACAAGGCAGAUUGUUAAAAAGCCAGCAAAAGAUACAAUCCCUUGCCCGACCAUUGCAGAAUCCAGAAGAUGUAAGAUGACAAUGAGACACUGUCCUGGAGGUAAACGACCCAUGAAGAAAAAAGACCAGAGGAACAAAAAAAAGAAAAAGAAGUUGUUGGAACGAGCACAAGAGCAACAUAGUGUCUUCCUCUCAACAGACCGAACCAGCCAGUAAAGAGACUGCGUUCAACGUUUUUUUGUUUUCUUUCGCUAAGUGCACAAAAGCUGCUAAAUGCUCUUGCACACAAAUGAACUGCAGCAUGACUGCUUUAACAGUAUUGGUUGCAAAUAACUUGUGAAUAUACCCACAAGCUUGUUUGUGUUAUUUAUACUUAAAUGUUUUUCAUCUGGAAACUCAAAAAAGGCAAGGAACACUGAGUUGAAUCAGUGAUAUGAUGUAGAACUUUUUUUUAAUUUUUAAUUUUUUUUUAUUCUUUACAUUUUUACUUUUAUUUUUUUAAUUCAGUGCCUAUGAUGGAAUAAAAAAAAAAAUGCCAGUACUGGCAUUGGAUCUGCUUAAAAAAAAAUGAUGCAGGUCAUGAUACAACUACAUGGACUAUGUGUACAUUUCUGUAAAGGAAAAAGCAAAAAACAAAAAACUAAACGUUAAGAUUGAAGUUAGACGUACUAUUUCAGGUUUCUUUUAUAUUUUUUUAUUUUAUGAUUUACAUACUGUACAUUUCAGAACUUUACAUGAAAUGAUGGUUUAGAUGAUGUCUGUUCUUUGUGUCCAUUUUAUUAAAGCAGUUGUGUAAGAAAACUGUUGAAGCUAAUAUACUGUACUAAAACAGUAACUGCUUAGUAUUCCAGUUAGCACAGCAGUUAUUUGUACAUAGUGCUGGGAUGCUACAUAUAAUAAACUUAUUUACUGUGUA